UCCGCCCCAAGCGUCCUUUCCCUCCCCUCCUCCUCCUCCUCCUCCUCCUGUGCAGCUCUAACGGCCUGAGGGGCGGGGAAGAGGCUGCGGCCGAGCGCGGAGGCUUCUUCUCUCCCUGCCAGGCCUGCGAGUGGCUGACUCGGCGGAGGCCAGGAAGGUAGGCAGGCAGGCAGGCAGGCAGGCAGGCAUGGCGGCGGCGGAGCAGGCCCAGCGGGCGGCGGCGGAAUGGCUGCGCUGGGACAAGAAUUCCAAAACAAUUGAAAUAGUGAAGCAGAUGGUCACGAAGGGAAACACAGAAGAACUCCAGCGAUGUUUCGGUUCACGGAUGGAAUUUGGGACGGCAGGACUCAGAGCUGCUAUGGGAGCAGGGACAUCUCAGAUGAAUGACUUGACUAUCAUCCAAACCACUCAGGGAUUCUGUAGGUACCUUGAAAAGACCUGCAGUGACCUAAAGAAAAAAGGAGUUGUCAUUGGCUUUGAUGCUCGGUCCCAUCCUUCAAGUGGAGGUAGCAGCAAAAGAUUUGCACGGCUCGCAGCAGCAACCUUCAUCAGUCAAGGUGUCCCUGUGUACCUCUUCUCCAGUAUAGUACCAACUCCUUUUGUGCCCUACACGGUGAUUCAUCUAAAACUUUCUGCCGGAAUUAUGGUUACCGCUUCCCAUAACCCAAAGCAAGACAAUGGAUACAAGGUAUACUGGGGAAAUGGGGCUCAGAUAAUUUCACCUCACGAUAAAGGAAUCGCUCAAGCUAUUGAAGAAAACCUAGAACCAUGGCCUCAGGCUUGGGAGGAGAGUCUGACUGAAAAAAGUCCCUUUCUCCAUGACCCUUAUCAAUCGAUCAACAAGGACUAUUUUAAAGACAUACAGAGACACUGUUUUUACAGGAAUUUAAACAAGGAAACACAGUUGAAAUUUGUCCAUACUUCUGUGCACGGUGUAGGCCAUGAAUUCGUGCAGUCAGCCUUUAAGGCAUUUGACUUUAGCCCUCCAUUCGCUGUCCCUGAACAGAAGGAUCCCGAUCCAGAAUUUCCGACAGUAAAAUAUCCAAAUCCUGAGGAGGGUAAAGGCGUUCUGACAUUAUCCUUUGCGUUGGCUGAAAAAGUAGGUGCUCGAAUUGUUUUGGCCAACGAUCCAGAUGCCGAUCGACUUGCCGUUGCAGAGAAACAAGAAAGUGGUGAAUGGAAAGUGUUUUCAGGCAAUGAGUUGGGAGCCCUUUUAGGCUGGUGGAUCUUCACUUGUUGGAAAAAACAGCAUCCAGAUCUUGGGGCCAUUAAAGAUAUCUACAUGCUGUCUAGCACCGUCUCAUCCAAAAUCUUGAGAGCAAUUGCGCUUAAAGAAGGUUUUCACUUUGAAGAAACACUGACAGGAUUCAAAUGGAUGGGAAACCGAGCCAAACAGCUUGAAGACCAAGGAAAAACAGUCUUAUUUGCCUUUGAAGAAGCCAUUGGAUACAUGUGCAGCCCUGUCGUCCUGGACAAAGAUGGGGUGAGCGCUGCAGCCAUAACUGCUGAGAUGUCUGCUUUCCUGGCAACCAAGAACUUGUCCCUGUCUCAGCAGCUGAAUGCCAUUUACAAAGAGUAUGGAUGCCACGUUACCAAAGCAUCCUAUUUUAUCUGUUACGACCAGAAGACCAUCCAAGGGCUGUUUGAGAAGCUCCGCAAUUAUGACGGAAAAGAUACCUACCCAAAGACUUGUGGGAAAUUUUCUGUUUCUGGAGUACGAGAUUUGACUACUGGCUACGACAGCGACCAGCCUGAUAAAAAGGCUGUGCUCCCCAGCAGUAAAAGCAGCCAAAUGAUAACGUUUACAUUUAGUAACAGAGGCGUGGCUACCAUGAGGACCAGUGGAACUGAACCCAAAAUCAAAUAUUAUGCAGAGCUUUGUGCCCCUCCUGGAAACAGUAACAUUGAAAAGCUGAAAGCAGAACUGGAUGAAUUGGCCAGUGCCAUUGAGAAAUAUUUCUUCGAGCCCGAGAAGAAUAAACUGCAAGUUAAGCCAGAGUGACCCAAGCUGGCCUGGUUUUGGUCUCUGCGCGAUGGUUAACUACAAUGCAGAUCUUUUAUUGAGGAACCAAGAUUCUACAAACUAGGCUUUGAAAAAUGUGUUUUGUGUUUUAUCAGAUAAUGGAAAUGUCUGAUAGAUGUUCCCUGGGUGGAUUCUUCUUUAACCAAUAGCUUCCUGUUGAAAUCGAACUUUGUUUAACGAACACCUUAAUACAUUUUCAUGUGGGAAGCUUACUGAGCCUUAAUGAACAACUGGAAGUGCUGGAAACAAUUUGGGGCUUGAUGGAGAUUUCAUACUUCACAGUUUUGCUUUCCUUUUUGCUGUGUGCCACCUGUAGCAAUCUGCCUCCCAUCUUGCUCUCUACCAGUGGAACUGUUAUCUUGCAGCAGACAGUUGUCUCUUUUGGCUGGUGUGUUCAAAUGCCUGUUUAAUAUUUCUUCAUUCUGCCUUUCUCAGACUGUUUUGUGCUACUUUUUACUUCUUUCCUUACUAUCUAAUUUUAGAUUCUAGACCUGUAUCUGGCCUAUGUCUGUUGUUUAAUAGGCAACAUCUAAUCACUAUUGUUACUCCAGAAACAAUCAAAAACUAUAUGGAUUUGCCCUGUAUGCAAACAAUCCCCAAUACAAACAAGCCCUUGGAAGGAAGUUCAAAGGAUACAGAGUGGUUUUACAUAUAUAUUUUUAAUUAAAUUUUAACACGAAAGAUUACAGAAGUGAAAGAAACAAAUUAGGAAAAAAUAUAUUACAUGGAUCUACAAUAGUGCUGCAGAUCCAGUAAGAAGAAAAAAGUUUUUUAAAAGUUGCAAAGAAACCAGGAAUAAAAAGGGGAGUGAAAAACCGGAGAGGCAGCUUCUGAAAGCUGAAAGGCAAGCUCACACAUACUGGUCCUGGAUGUUUUGCAAAACUAGUGCAUCAGAAAUGAACCCAGACUAGUUCACCUGUUGAAGGUCCCCAGAACUCCUGGGGAGGCUAGAGCCACACCCCACCUGUUCUUAUGCCGUCAAUUGCCCCUUUCAGUAAUGUGUUGCAGGGAGUUCUUGAGAAGUUAAACCAGUCAAAGUGCCAUCUUCCCAGGUGCCUUCAAAGUUCUUUUAUGUUUCUGAACCCUAAGUCUUCUUGAUUAGGAGUAAAGUAGAAUAUAAAUGUUUUAAAUAAGUAAAUAUGGACUUGUUAAAAAAAAGUGUUUGACGGCAAUGUCCCUGGAUGGCAGGACAUAAUUAUCCAUAAUUUAUAAAAUGCACAUUCCUGUAUCUCAGGCGUAUAGUUAGCCUUUGUAGGGAUUCUACCAUAAUCAGACAAUAACUGGGUCAGUUGUCCUGGGGAAUUGAAUUGGAUCAUAUCGCUUUGAAAAUAAUUCACUGCGCAAGAGCAGGUCCGUUCUGUGCAUGCUACUCUUUGUUGUUGCUUUAUUCCCCUGUCUAUUCAUUGCUUUUGUUUCGGUCCCUUUUCGGGGGGACUUAUGUUUUUUUUUUUCCCCUCAGGUGGAAUGCCAGUCAGUCUGGUAGCUCUCUGUGUCAGUAAGAAUUUCUUUGGGAAACCAGGCUCUGUUUUUCUUGACUGGAUCCUUCCAGCAGGUAGCAAAACUAAUUCAGCAAGGAGUUCUUUCCUUGAUUCUCAUAAAAUAAACUGCUGUGGUGCUAGGUCGAUUUGGACUGUGAACCUGUCAUUUCUUAUAUUGGAAUCCAAUGUUAACUUCAAGAGAAACAGCUCUGGUGGUAGAAAACUGCUUGCUGUGUUAUGGGUCAUUCUACAGUAUGGUAGAGUUCUGUUGCACUGGAGAAAAUGUCAAAUGUGUAAAGGAUGCUUUAUUACAAAGGGAAAUUAAACAUUAACAUUUGCUUAAAUAUGUUCUUAGAUAUAAUGCCAUUUCUUGUAUGAUGGGAAUCCUAAAUAUGAGAGGAAAUGUCUUUCUCCCCCAGUAACUUGAAUAACAAGUUAUUUGUGCAAUUUUUCUUACGUUUCAAAGAAGUAACGAUGCUGGGAGGCUAUUGUGCUAACUUGGGGUUCAUGUAUGGUUCUUAAAAAUAUGAUUAAUUGUAACAUGUUUUGAGAAGGUAGUCAUGUUGGACUGCUAUGAAGAGCUACAUGCAAGUCCAGUAGUGCCUUAGAGACAAGAUUUUCAAAUUAUAACAACAGGAGGUUUGAGUCUCAAAAGCUUAUGCCCUGAAAAUCUAGUUGAUCUCUAGGUUGCUACUAGAACCUAAGGCAGAUAUUUAUGCUUAAUUAACUUAAUCACUGGAAGAACUGUGGGUUUGUGUUUGUGUUGUGUGUCCCCCUCUGAAUGUCUUCUUCCCUCUAGAAAUGGAAGCCCGAGAUCAAGUAUUAACAGUUUGCUUAUUAAAGGUUACAAAGUUAACAAAA